UUGGGAAGACGGACAAUUUUUUUUUUUUGUUGCGAUGUUUAUAUGCGACUUCGUUCUGCAUUUGCAAGUCGGCGCUGUUGCGAUUAUUUACAUGAUUUAUAUGCGACGUGAUCAGGAAGUCGCGUAGAGUACGGGAUAGACUCCGUCUAGAAUGUCCUGGAGACGAGAAUUAUUGGCCCGUGACAUUGAGUCUGUCAUCGACGUCUGUAUAAGAGAUCCAGCGUGCCCCUUCAAAAAUUUUGAGCAUAGCAAAAAUUCUUUCAGUUUCGUUCUCAACGUGAAUGGGGAAUUGGCUGCCUAUACCUUUAACGUCACCGAAGAUUAUCCAGAUAAUAGUGCUCUUACAUGCCUAAACUUCCCGGACAAACCUGAAAUCAUUCGGGAAAGGAUACCGGUUGUGUUCACCAGGAUGGCUAGUGAACACUGGAAACCGGUUGAUGUUUGUCUUCCAGACAUCAGCAGCAUUCAGGAUAAAGGAGGGGGUGAUGCCAGUGCACUGAAGAGCCAUAAUCUGAUGGUUAUAGAUGACGAACAGCCUCCUCAUUCACCGUCAUCGGUUUACACAGAUGGCACAUGUGACACUGAUGACACAGACUACGACGAUAUGUACUACAUGGAUCUGGAUGACGAGGCGUACUACUGUGAAGAUGAUGAGCCAGACAGCAGUACUCAUCCACUGUUGUUGCAUGAUAUGGAACAAGUCAGGAAGCACUUCGGACCUGAUGCCAUCAAUGGCAGAGUAUUCACAGAGCUGAGGGAUAUAGAUGUGGAGCUGAAUAUUGAUGUGUCGUUUCUCGAGGAGGAAAUUAGCAAGGCGUGGUGCAUCAGCCGGAGCGAACCAAUUGUAGUCAGACUUCACUGCUCACUCACCAAGUACUUAGACGCAAACGUUCCCAAGGUCGAAGUGUUUCAGCCUUCAAAGUCCGGUCACUCCGGCAUAUGUAGUCAACUCAGAAAGAUUGCGGAGACCGUGCUGCUUCAGCAGUGGAAGAAUGUCAGCAAUGAGAAAGUGCAAUCCCAGCUUAAGACGGCAGCCCCCUCACCCAGCAAAUCACCCUCUAGGAAAUGCUCAGUAGAAGACCGGUCCUUGGCAAAGCUCGUAGACUUAGGAUUUGGCAUUGACGAUGCACGCAGUGCACUCAAAAUGUCGCAGGGGCUUGUGGAAGAGGCAGCUUAUCUGCUUGUCAACCAGCCAGAACUUGGCUGCAGUGCAUCAGCCGACCAGAGUAACCAGAAAAAAACCAGCAAGCGGCUGUUCCCAUGGCAGAGGAGUUCAUCAGUCAACGGCCAGACAGUUACUCCCACUGGAACCGACGAUCUUCACCUGAUUCCUGCAGCUACACAGAACGGCAAGAACGCCAAGGUGAUACCGAGCCUGGAGCAUGGCUUCCUAGUCCAACUCUACACCUACCUGAGGAACCGAAUACCCACACUCAGCGAAUUCUGUGUCGUGUGUGAUGAGCAACACAUCUUCCAGAAUGGAGCCAUGCUUAAGCCUGCAGUGUGUGAGCGAGAACUCUGCGUCUUCUCCUUCCAAACCCUGGGCGUCAUGCAAGACGCCGCCGAGAAUAUUGCCUCGGGAGCCGAGGUCGUCGACCUGAUGGUUGCCAUGGUUGUCUCCUCCAUCAAGUCCAGCCGGCGGCAGUUGAUCUUUGAACCUUACCCCAUGGUGGUCGACCCAAGAAAUCCCAAGGAAUUGGCAUUCACGCCGAAGAAGAAGAAUUACGAGCGCAUCCAGCAGGCCCUAGACAGCUUCAUCUCCAUCCGUGAGAUGCUGGCUGCCGGCUGCUCCACAGACGUCAAGAAACGAAUGGAUGGACAGGAUAUGUUGGCAUAUCCACUGCUGCAGUGGAUCAUCUCCAGUAAUCGUUCGCACAUCGUCAAGCUGCCAGAGGGGAGGCAAAUCCGCUUCAUGCACACGCCGCACCAGUUCCUACUGCUGAGCAGUCCACCUGCCAAAGAAGCCACCUUCAGGAAGGCCAAGAUGAUCAGUGGCAGUACUUUUGCUUUCCAUGGUUCUCACAUAGAGAACUGGCACUCCAUCCUGAGGCAUGGCCUCAUCAACGCUUCUGGAACUAAACAUCAGAUGCACGGUGCUGUGUAUGGGAAAGGCAUCUACCUCAGUCCUCACUCUAGCGUGUCUUUUGGCUACUCCGGGAUGGGGCAUGGCAUCCACAAGCAGGCCAAGAAACAAGGGGCGCAGGCACUUCCGAAGGAACCACCGACCAACCGGCAGAAUUCUCCGUCGACCUGCAGAUUCCUGCAAAGUAGGAACCUGACAUGUAUAGCACUGUGUGAAGUGGUGAAUUCUCGAGAGCUCACCAAGCAUGGACAUGUAUGGGUGUGCACCAACCCAGACCUCGUCUGCACAAGAUUCUUCUUUGUUUAUGAAGAUGGGAAGGUGGGUGACCAAGCAGUGGACACAACACAGGAGAAAUAUACCAGAGAGAUCAUCGCAGCCAUGGCCGAUUGCUCUGCCCCUUAACUCUUCAAAACCCCCCCCCACACACACACACACCCAACCCCACGAUUUGUGACCUGUGCUACAAACCUUCCUGACUCCGCCCAAAAAUCCAACACUGCGCCAUAAAACACAGUGGCAUAGUCUUUGAUAGAGAAUGCCUAAAGGACAUGAGUUCCCUGUCAGGUACUUUGGAAGGUUGCACUAUGCUGGUGCAGAUCAAGAGAGUCGUAGGGUCGUAAGGAAUAUAAGAGAAACGACUGUCCAUCAGCCAGGCAGCCAUGUGUACCAGGUGUGCUCCUGAGAGAGAGAUGAACUCAUGCAAUGCCAGCAGGUCAACCAGGAGAUGUGGCAUAACCGCAGGGUUAUCGGUGAGCAUCUUUGUGCGACACUCACCACAUCUCUUUCAUGUGAUGAGCAGCUUUCUUGAAGUAAGUUUUACCCAACUUGGUGUACUGUCUGGUCCAGUUGAACAAGCACCGUUGGAUAUUGUGACACUCAUGUUCAGUUUGUUACUGUUGCAUUCAAGCCUCAGCAGACACCUUCAAAACGGCUGAGGAUAACUGUACAGGGAGAAAUGUGAUGAGCUAUCGGAAGGCCUUCAUGAAUUCUCUGUUGGUGAAGCCAGUCACCACAUGUAUGUAGCGUGAUUGCGUAUUACAAUGUACUGUAUGUGAAAAUUUCAUCCUAACAUUUGGGUUGCUUAGCUGCUUAAGUCAACUGGCAAGUCAAUAAAUAGUUACUCUUUUGGGACAUGAGGUUGAAGAGCUGAAUACAAGAACUUGUGACGCUAUCUCAUUGUCUUCAUCGGCUGGCAGUACUGAGGAUGUCACGUCCCCUGUCACGACCCCUGUCACGUCACCUGUCAGGUCACCUGUCAUAAAAUCAUGCUGCUAUACUCGCAUUGGGCUCCUCACUCUCAAGUUCCAUAAACAAAGUUACUGUUUUUAUUGAUUUGAUUGGAUCAUGAGCCUGGAAAUGAAUCUCCCUGCUUGACCAGCCAGCCAACUUUGACAUGAGAGACAACUCAAGCCCUCAACAAAUUUUCCUGAGGGAAGGAGUUGCAUUAGACGUCUUGAUCAUUUGGGGAAGAACUUGCUACGUUUUGUAGAGUAACAGAAUCUAACUAUCAGUACAAGAUUAUGAAUCAAAUAAAUUUAGUGUAAACCAAAUUUCAUCUGGUGCCAAGGAAAGUAAUGUGUUGUUCUUGAAUUUAUGUCUAAGCAUUCAAUGUUAAGAAUGGAAGAAGUACACAGUGUGUUGUUGGUUUGUGUACAUAACAGUGAUAUAUGAAGCCACCGGUUUCAAUCUAAAAAUCAGUAAAUUGUAUAAAAAGAAACGAUUAUGGCUUGCAAGUUAUAUAUUUGAUUUGUUAUUUAAUGAGAAUUUAAAAUUAAGUUUGUGUGAAACAAGCUUACAUAUUUAAGGGAAUUGUCAUUUAUUUUUGUUAGAUGAGAAAAUUGUUACCAUUUAAUCUUUUCCUCCCAGGGAAUUUGUGGACUGCUUCAAUUUUUAGCAUAUAGUGACACCACAUACUUUUUUGUCACUUUGACAAAUUCCAUUGGUGAGCAAAUAUGAAAGGAAUAUGUUUUUGAAACAUGCAAAUGUUUUGUUUUUGAUUUUCAGCAUUAAGGCUGGUUUGUACUUCAGGCGAAUGCCAAAGUGAAGUGAAUUUGACAUCAGGUGUUUACAGUGAAAUGUGCUGGAGUUGAAAUGUGGUUACCUCUGGCAAAUUGGCAGCACAAAUAUCUGUUCUGACUUAAGUUUGCUUUCAUUUGUUUUUGCUCCAAGUAUGAACCAGCAUUUAGAGUUCUGCAGUUAAUGUACACUUUUUAAAAGCGCCCACAAAGUUCUUGAAGUAGAAUUGGCUGCAGAGUGUUUUCAUCUACCUUUGACACUUUGGCCCAGAACACCUUGGCAAAGCUGCAAACUGAACCUUACCUUAUCAUUUUGGCUCAGAUUUUCCUAAAAUGAGGAAGACGGACGGACAGACAUGAAUCACUGUAGGAAAUCUCUCGGUCAAAAUCCUGGAAUCUGUGUGGCUCUGAAUUUACCCAGAUAAUCACUGGAAACCAAAAACCAUCUCAAAUGUAAGCCAACCUAAUAAACUAGGUUGCAAAUCACCAGAAUCGUUUCUGAGUUAAACAUGUUCAAAAGUGAAUCAAUGAUCACCCACAUUUUUUCAUCUACAUCCCGUCCAUUUUCAUCAGGACGAGGUGAAACUUGCAAACAAAGCCAAGUACAAAUGCUGUUUACAGUUGAGCUCAUCACAUUAUGCUGAAUUAAAACUUUUAUUUAAAAAUCAGAGUGCACUUAUUGAAAAAGUAUUUUCGUUUUCCGUUGAACACCACAGCCAAGUCAGUCAGUGUGUGUAAAUAUGUGAAUAUUUUUUGUAUCAUCAAUGAAAAGGGUACUUUCAAAAAUUGGGUUACCUACGUCCAUUUAAUCUUUUGGGUAAUUACUUCCUAGCUGAAAUCAUGUAGGAUUUACUUGCCAAUGAAGGGCUAUGUAAUUUCAGGUAUGUGUAUUUUGUUUUGUUCAACACGUGACUGACUCUUAGAGUUUGUAUAAUGUAUUCUUGCCUCUUCUUGCUUGGCGAAGAUUUUUGGCACAAUCUCAAAUCUUUGCCUGAAGUAUCAUGUUUCAGGGGACAAAAAUUGGAUCGUGGGUAUCAACAUUAGCCCAACAUGUACAUAUUAGAUAUGGUACCUACAGGAGUUACAACCACAUGCACUGAAUCUAGUCCGGUCUUGAAGUCUCCUUGGAAAUUAACAUUACUCAAGAAGUACUCCUAGUUACUGUACGUCAUGUGAUCUUUACAUAAUUUGUCAGAGAUUUGCCAUUUUAUGUUUGGUUUGGUUUCAUUUUUUCGCAGCAGUUGUUGGGGGGAAAGUAAAAUCACUUCUAAAAAAAGCUAAGCUUCACCUUUUUUGAAGAAUAAGAAAACUUUUACACUAUGGAGGUUUCAAGCCCGAAAAUGCUGUAAAGAACAUUACAAGGAGAUCAACACAUUUGGAUCAGGUUAAUAAACCCCUAUUAUUUAGAGAAAACUGGCAGAAUUGGGUUGACCACGAGGUUGGAUUCGAACCUGGUACGCAGAAGUGAAAGUUAAGGAAUGAAUCACUCUGCUUCCCAGCUAGGCAGUAAAAAUCAUGUGUAUUGCUUUUUUCCACAUCAGAUAAAAUACUGCGAAAAUGAGUAUCACAUUUAUUGAUACUUUAAACUGAAAUAAUUCAAGGAUGCUGUAUGGAAUGUGACCAAGAGAUUUCUGUGUAAUCCAUAUGUUUUUAGUCAAUUCUUGUGUUUUAGUGAAGCCAGUUUUCAGGCAAAAGUCUAAUUUGAGGUUUUUUCAUGUGAAAUGCCGGACUUGUUUUAGGCUUUUACAAGAUAGGUUUGGGCUUCUCCGGCCUUAUUUUCAGGCUCUGAAGAGGAACCUGGCUGGAAUUCCCACUGAGUGUUCUGUCCUGAAAAAAUGUGCCUGAAAUGAGGCCUGUCAAAGCUGCGCCUGGAAUAUUCGACAUGGAGAAUUACACAGGCACAAAAUGACAAGUUACCCGUUUCCAUUGAAGAUGGUACGUGUAAAUAAAAGUACUCAUUCUGUCAUUGUGGUAUGCACAUACUAGUCACCCAUAUUUGGAUCAAGAAGGUCCUUUUUUUUCUUCUUCAGAGACUACAAUUAAUUUAAUCCUAACCCUCCUCAGUCCUCCGACAGGUGAAGGAUUGAGGAGGGUUACGGUUAAUGUAACUACCAAAGGGAUAUAUUGUACUAGGCUUUGUAUAUGUAUUGUUUUAAAAUGAUAGGAUAUUAUUUGAAGUACUGUCGUUAUAUUUUAAUGUCGUAUUUAUGAGCGUUGACCUGAUGCUUAUGCAAACUGAAGUUCAAAAAUGCUUAUUAGUCGUUAAGCUUUCUGCAUGCUUUUCCAGGUCUCAUUAUAUUGUACCAUUUUAAGGGUAUAGGGUUUAGACUGUGACACUCUUGCCGGUAACAUUAAGUCCAUAAAUGUAAGGGUCUGAAAGGGUGGAGGGUCCGAAAUUAUAAAAAUCAUGGUUUUUGUCAUUUACUGCAUGACCAUAAUUGAGAUCUAACCCAGGGGAGCUGGACUAAGGCUGCGCUAUUUUCAACAUCGCAAAUGUUUGUCAAGUUCAUGGUUUUGGCCAAGUUCAGUGUGUAACAGUAUUGCCUAACUGUUGAUGGAAUUUGUCGGCAGAUUUACAUUUGAGUAUUUUACAGGUGUUCUGCCCUCCUCCAAUUUCUACACUAGCAAGCAUGACGCUACGAGUCCAAGUCUUACUUUAGCAAGCUUGUACUAGUUCUCCCACAUGCUUUUGGGCUGUAGACAGGGGCAGAUCAGGGGAAUGGGAUGGGGUGGGGGUAAUGGCCCUGUCCCACCCCC